CAGAGCGCCCUCAAAGUUAGGAGAAGCAAGCCACCUAGAAACCUUUUUAGGCAUGCUUACUGGUGAUAUUACUGCUCCUACUUUAUCAGAAGUGGAUUCAAGUUGAGGCUGACUAUACAACUGUGUAAUGCUUUUUUGGGAGAAAAAGUAACCUGAUGGAGUUUAUGGACGAUGCAAUCGUUUGUUCUCCUCGCUUCUCUGUGUGGAUGCGUCCUUUGCUCAGUCUGGCCUUAUCAGAUGCAGUGUUACCACUGUGAAGAGACUCUGUUGGACAAUGACUGUUCAGCUCCAAAGUUCAUUGUCAACUGCACAGCAAACAUCCAGAAUGCCUGUCAGAAGGAGGUGAUUGUGGGUGAAAAUGGUGUGAUUUACAGGAAGGCCUGUGCCUCCUUCUCCACCUGUCUGAUUGUUUCAGCAGGGUAUCAGUCUUUCUGUGUCCCAGGUCGGGUGGGCUCUGUCUGCAUUAGCUGCUGUAACACCCCCCCUCUGCAACGGACCCCGCCCCCCAAGGAUCUCCCUGGCCCCCAGCCAUCCCCCCACCAGACCCACUGCGCUCCUCCUCAUCAUCACUGUUUCCAUGGCAACACUGCCCUGAUAUGGACACUGGUAUUGGCUAGAUUGGACUGAAUGUUCUCAGGUGUGGAGGUCCCUGGUGUUGGAGCAAACACUGUCCUGAGAGAUGACUGGACAGGGAUUCUGAAAUCAAAGCAACAGAGCUGUCCGACACAUACCGGUCCGUUGAGGGGGGGUGAGAAAUUUAGGAAGUAUAUUCAAUCUGACCCAAAAGUUCAUAAAAAUGUUGCAUCCAUAGUAAAUUACACUUUAAUCAUUAGUGCAGACUGCACCAAAUCAAAGUGUUUAUAUCCCAGAGAUGACAGGGUACAUUCAGUACUAUACACAAUGUUUACAGUUAGGAUGACACACUUGUGUACAAAACAAAUUAGGAACACUUUCUAAUGUUAAGUUACACUCCCUUUGCCCUCAGAACAGCCUCAAUUCAUCAGGGCAUGGACUCUACAAGGUGUCAAAAGCGUUCCACAGGGAUGCUGGCCCAUGUUGAUGCCAAAUGCUUACCACAGUUGUGUCAAGU